GUCCUUCUCUGGCCCUUCUCGGGCUCUCUCGCUGUCUUCUCUCUCUUGCUCUCUCAAGCCAUUGCUGUUGCGUUCCGCGGGUUCUCGCGUAGCGUUCAACACCCCCCCGGCGACGGCUGGCUCUGGCGAAGUGCGUUUCCGGGACCAGGUUUUUUACGCUGCACAUGAUCUAAGAUCAGUUCAGAAGAUUCUGUGGUUAUAAAACGAUGAGAGGAUCUGAUAUAUAUCAGAGGGAUAGAGAUUUGGAUGAAUAUGAGGAAGAUGAACAGUAUGAAGAGGACGGAGAAGAAGAAGCUGAAUAUGAAGGAGAGGAUCAUGAAGAGGAAGAACCCCAGCUCACCAAAGAUCAGCUAGAAUAUCUAGAAAGGAGGCAAAAACUGAAGGAAAUUGAAAGGCAGAAAAUGAAGAAGAAUGGCUUGGUUGUGGCCUCCACUAAAGAGAAAACACCUGCUCGAGAUAGUUUUGGUUCCUUUUUUGGACCUUCUCAGCCAGUUGUUGCAAAAAGGGUGAUUGAAGAAAGCCGUGCAAUGUUAGAUUUGCAUCUCAUUUCGGCCAGUGGACCAAAGGCUUCUUCACAGCAAAACAAGAAUGCCCGGCACAUUCCAAGUGCAAAUACGAAGUCCACUCAGAGUAAGCAGCCACGUAGGCCUGUUGAUCAGAUCAAGACUAAAAUCGAGAAACUUAAAGAAGCAAGAGAUUAUUCAUUCCUGUUGUCAGGGGAUGCAGAAUUUCCUGCACCAGCAAAGGAGCCUGCUGUUCAAAAGAAACCUGUUCCAACUUCUGAUGUUCGGCCAAGCCAAGUCGCUGCAAAUCGGAAGCCAUCAGAGAGCAAGAAGCCUGCCAACCUGCUGCAUGCUGCGCAUGAUAGAAAGCAAACAGUUUCAGCUGGUAGAUCUCUGCCCACAAUCGGUGCAGAAAAAGGUGCUUCAACAAGCAAACUCAAGUCGUCUGGUGGGCACAUGAUGCUGCCCACUGGUAAUGCAAGGAAUGGUGAACGGAAAUUUUCUCAUACCAGUAACGGGCAGAAUGCUGAAAGCAGAAAGCUCCCUGCUGGUAAUGUAAGGAAUGGUGAACCCAGAAAGCUUCCAGCCACUACUGCAGGGAAUGGGCCUGGCCGGCCUAUGGUUACCAAGGUAUCAGAUCAGAGGUCACAGGGUGCUAUAUUGGACAGAAAGAAGUCUGCUCAUGCUACGAUCCAAAGUAAUCCUUCUGGUAGUGCACCAAAAACAUCCUUGCCUAAGCAGCAGAUAUCUGUCCAAAGGCGGCAUGUGGAGCAGGAGAGGCAGCCCCAGAGAGCUGAAAAAACAACUGCUAAAAUGACAUCUUUACUGCCCACAUCAUCGAUGUCUGCUAAGGUGGCAACUCAACGUCCAACUGCUAUAAAACAACAGAAUGGUAAGCUCUCAAAGCCACUUCCAUCACGGCCUAUGAGCAGCAACAAGACAAAGAAGAGGCGUGCAGAUGAAUACUCUGAUGAAGAAGAUGGUGAUGGGGGGGAUUACCGCAGUAUGAUCAGGCAAAUGUUUAGGUAUGAUCCUCGUAGGUACGGUGGGGUUGAUGAGGAUGAUAGCGACAUGGAAGUAGGUUUUGACCGCAUUGAAGCAGAGGAAAGGAGAAGUGCAAGGAUUGCAAAAGAGGAGGACGAGAGGGAACUUGCCCUCAUUGAAGAGGAAGAGAGGAGAGAACGGCAGAGGAAAGAGGCAAAGAGGCAGAAGCUUAAGCAUAGUCAAAGGUAGCGCUGAAAACAAGGAAGUUAACAAUCUUAUUUUCCUAGAAUUUAGCUUGGGAGGAGAGUGACAUGCUGUAGUUAGAGUUAUCUUCAUUCUAAUUGCACAUAUUUUUUGGGUCAUUUAUGUAUGUGUAACGUCGGGUUGAUCCGUGAAUAAAGAAAGCGUUGAUGGUGCA